UUGAAUAUUGGGACUAUGACAGGAAAAUCUCAGGAGUUGGUUGACAUGAUGAUUAGGAGAAAGGUUGAUAUAUUGUGUGUCCAGGAGACCAGGUGGAAAGGCAGUAAGGCUAGAAGUUUAGGGGCAGGGUUUAAAUUAUUUUACCAUGGUGUAGAUGGGAAGAGAAAUGGAGUCGGGGUUAUUUUAAAAGAAGAGUUGGCUAAGAAUGUCUUGGAGGUGAAAAGAGUAUCAGAUCGAGUGAUGAGGCUGAAAUUUGAAAUUGAGGGUGUUAUGUGUAAUGUGAUUAGUGGCUAUGCCCCACAGGUAGGAUGUGACCUAGAGGUGAAAGAGAAAUUCUGGAAGGAGCUAGAUGAUGUAGUUCUGAGCAUCCCAGACAGAGAGAGAGUCGUAAUUGGUGCAGAUUGUAAUGGACAUGUUGGUGAAGGUAAUAGGGGUGAUGAAGAAGUGAUGGGUAAGUACGGCAUCCAGGAAAGGAACUUGGAGGGACAGAUGGUGGUAGACUUUGCAACAAGGAUGCAAAUGGCUGUAGUGAACACUUUUUUCCAGAAGAGGCACGAACAUAGGGUGACCUACAAGAGCGGAGGUAGAAGCACACAGGUGGAUUACAUCUUGUGCAGACGAUGUAAUCUGAAGGAGGUUACCAACUGUAAGGUAGUGGUAGGGGAGAGUGUGGCUAGACAGCAUAGGAUGGUGGUGUGUAAGAUGACUCUGGUGGUGGGGAGGAAAAUUAGGAAGACAAAGGCAGAGAAGAGAACCAUGUGGUGGAAGCUGAGACAGGACGAGUGUUGUGCAGCUUUUCGGGAAGAGGUGAUACAGGCUCUCGGUGGACGGGAAGAGCUUCCAGAAGACUGGACCACUGCAGCCAAGGUGAUCAGAGAAGCAGGCAGGAGAGUACUUGGUGUAUCUUCUGGCAGGAAAGGAGAGAAGGAGACUUGGUGGUGGAACCUCACAGUACAGGAAAUCAUACAAGGAAAACGGUUAGCUAAGAAGAAGUGGGACACUGAGAGGACCGAGGAGAGGCGAAAGGAAUACAUUGAGAUGCGACACAGGGCAAAGGUAGAGGUGGCAAAGGCAAAACAAGAGGCAUAUGAUGACAUGUAUGGCAGGUUGGACACUAAAGAAGGAGAAAAGGAUUUAUACAGGCUGGCCAGACAGAGGGAUAGAGAUGGGAAGGAUGUGCAGCAGGUUAGGGUGAUUAAGGAUAGAGAUGGAAAUAUGUUGACUGGUGCCAGCAGUGUGCUAGGUAGAUGGAAAGAAUACUUCGAGGAGUUGAUGAAUGAGGAAAAUGAUAGAGAAGGGAGAGUAGAAGAGGCAAGUGUGGUGGACCAGGAAGUGGCAAUGAUUAGUAAGGGGGAAGUUAGAAAGGCAUUAAAGAGAAUGAAAAAUGGAAAGGCAGUUGGUCCUGAUGACAUUCCUGUGGAGGUAUGGAAGCAUCUAGGAGAGGUGGCUGUGGAGUUUUUGACCAGCUUGUUCAAUAGAAUUCUAGUGCGUGAGAAGAUGCCUGAGGAAUGGAGGAAAAGUGUACUGGUGCCCAUUUUUAAGAACAAAGGUGAUGUGCAGAGCUGUGGCAACUAUAGAGGAAUAAAGUUGAUGAGCCACACAAUGAAGUUAUGGGAAAGAGUAGUGGAGGCUAGACUCAGGACAGAAGUGAGUAUUUGCGAGCAACAGUAUGGUUUCAUGCCUAGAAAGAGUACCACAGAUGCAUUAUUUGCCUUGAGGAUGUUGAUGGAAAAGUACAGAGAAGGUCAGAAGGAGCUACAUUGUGUCUUUGUAGAUCUAGAGAAAGCCUAUGACAGAGUACCCAGAGAGGAACUGUGGUACUGCAUGCGGAAGUCUGGAGUGGCAGAGAAGUAUGUUAGAAUAAUACAGGACAUGUACGAGGGCAGCAGAACAGCGGUGAGGUGUGCUGUCGGUGUGACAGAAGAAUUUAAGGUGGACGUGGGACUGCAUCAGGGAUCAGCCCUGAGCCCCUUCCUUUUUGCAGUGGUGAUGGAUAGGCUGACAGAUGAGGUUAGACUGGAAUCCCCGUGGACCAUGAUGUUUGCAGAUGACAUUGUGAUCUGCAGUGAAAGCAGGGAGCAGCUGGAGGAACAGUUAGAAAGAUGGAGGCAUGCACUGGAAAGAAGAGGAAUGAAGAUUAGCCGAAGUAAAACAGAAUAUAUGUGCAUGAAUGAGAGGGGUGGUGGGGGAAGAAUGAGGCUACAGGGAGAAGAGAUGGCAAGGGUAGAGGACUUUAAAUACUUGGGGUCAACCGUCCAGAGCAAUGGUGAGUGUGGUCAGGAAGUGAAGAAACGGGUCCAAGCAGGUUGGAACGGGUGGAGGAAGGUGUCAGGUGUGUUAUGUGACAGAAGAGUCUCUGCUAGGAUGAAGGGCAAAGUUUAUAAAACAGUGGUGAGGCCAGCCAUGAUGUUGGAUAAAAUUAGAAAUGAGCUCAUCAGAGGGACAGCCAAGGUUCGAUGUUUUGGAGACAAAGUUAGAGAGAGCAGACUUCAAUGGUUUGGACACGUCCAGAGGAGAGAGAGUGAGUAUAUUGGUAGAAGGAUGAUGAGGAUGGAGCUGCCAGGCAAGAGAGAUAGAGGAAGACCAAAGAGAAGGUUGAUGGAUGUCGUGAGGGAAUGGCUCAUUUUCAUUGAGCGCUCACAGCCGCCAAGCACGGCAACGCAAUACAAGAGUCGCCGCAAAUCAACACGUGGCAUUUUCCAGCAGAUGUUCGCCUUCAUUCAGCAUUGCGACAAGACGUUCGAACAAGAAAAGCUCGUAGCACUUUGCCUUCAAGUCAGUGAUGUGAAGAUGCGGGCCCCCGGGGACUCUGUGAGGCAAUGGACAACCUUCAUGAACACCAUAGCAGAUGUUUCACCACUCAGCGUCCGGGCCAUCGACGAAAAGCGAAUCUCGGCCGAUAGACUCGAAGACAAAAUACAGCGCAGUCAGCCUUUGGUAUCACAAACGUCGCUCCAAGGUUCGGAGGACGCCUUGGUUCAGCCUUGCGUUGCCGGAUCCUGCGACUGA